GGCAGGGCGGGCUGAAGAAGAGAGACACGUCUGAAGGGAGGUCAAAGCAGAGCAAGGCGGCCGGUGAGCGGUGAGCAAACACCAAUAUUUUUGUGUCGAGGAGUUGGGGAAAAAAAUCGCUGAGUGCGUGUUACUGGAAUUGCCCCGAGCAGGAACCAGGAAGAAAGUAUUAUUAUCUAUUUGCGAGGGAUCUGCUGUGUCGCUGGAAGCACCGCCGUUUCUCCUCCUUCAUCAAAAAAGGCAUUCGCUGCUUUCUCCUCUUCCUCCUGAGCCAAAAUGGGCCAUCCUGAGCACCACGCCCAUAUGGAUCACAUGGACCACAUGGAUCACAACAUGAGUGGCUCAGCAACCCCCACCAUGGAUCCUCACGCCCACCAUCACCCCACCAAAGCCCCUGGACACAUGCACGGCGGGAUGAUGGAUAUGACUUUCCACUUCAGCUAUCAAAACGUUCCCUUGCUGUUUUCUGGGCUCGUCAUCAACACACCUGGAGAAAUGGUGGGGGCGUUUGUGGCUAUUUUCUUCCUGGCCAUGUUCUACGAGGGCCUGAAGAUUGGGCGGGAAAGCCUCCUCCGGAAGUCCCAAGUCAGCAUUCGUUAUAACUCCAUGCCUCUCCCAGGGCCCAACGGCACCGUCUUGAUGGAGACGCACAAAACGGUUGGCCAACAGAUGCUGAGCGUCCCUCACCUCUUCCAGACCAUUCUUCACAUCAUCCAAGUAGUAGUCAGCUACUUCCUGAUGCUCAUCUUCAUGACUUACAACGCUUAUCUCUGCAUCGCCGUGGCUGCCGGCGCUGGCGCAGGCUACUUCUUCUUCAGCUGGAAAAAGGCCGUCGUCGUUGACAUCACGGAGCAUUGCCACUAACGGUUGUCCUCGCUUUCCCCCACACAUCUCCGCUCCCCCUACAGCCUCUCAAAGGACCAGGUUUACUAGAAGCAUCCCACUGGGCAACCCUUGUGCCUCCUCCUCCUCCUCCUCCUCUCUUCCCCAAAAGCUUUGGGUUUGGGGGGGUGGGGUAUGGGGAAGACUCCCGAGCCACGGAGUAAAAGAGGCGGGCAGCCAGCUAAGGCAACCCGCUCGCAACGAUUGAUGGGUGAAACAUGGCCUGCUUAGUCCCGAUUUAAAGGCGGGGAGCUCCGCCAUCCCAGGUCCUUUUUUCGUACUUUUAGCAGCAGGCUGUGUUUCUAGGGGAGGGCCAGGAACACACAACCUGGCCUUCCUUGGAGACAGGUACGCACGCACAACCACAAGCCCUCCAAGGCCAGUUUUGUGUUUGGAUCGGCAAUCUAGCAAGUGCCAAACGCUGCCUGUCCCUCUUUUCCUCGAGAAGCCGGCUCCCUGCUUUGCGCUGGGUGGCCCACUGCCCUGUCACAAUUGCCAAAACGGUUGUGUAGGUUUGGUUCCAGGAAGCCUUUGACCCAGGAAGGUUCUAGGCCCAGAUGGUCUGGAGAGAGGGGGGAAAGGACCCAUAUGCUGAUUUAGAGUACCCAUUUCUAGCCGGCGACGGUGACAUGCUUGUGAAAAAUAACGGGGAAACAAGUAUGACUUUUUUUUAAAACCUAUUUUAAAUAAACCUGCAGUACAAAUGCUUUUAGGGUUUUUUUUUUUCUGAUUUUCAGGCUGGCCCUAAAUAUAUUUUUUUUUUAAAUUAAACCUAGUUGUCAUGCCCUUCUUAAGUGGCUUCACAAAAAUAAGCUGGCAGACACGUUCUAGGCAGAGAGGAUCCUACUUCUCCUUUACGUGGGGAUUCUAUUUCCCGAAUGGGCCAAAAGCAGCAGAAAAGGGGGAAUCACGCCUGUGAGCAUCUUAGGCAUACCUUGGAUGGCCACAAGGCCUCCCCAAAUUGUCCUGGAGGCAGUCACACUGUGGGAUGGUGCCACUCUCCCCUUGCAAGGAAGUUAAGAGGCAGGGAUGAGGCUGCUGGAGCAUGUAGCUCAGCAUUGCCUGGAGGAGGAGUUCCCCACUUUUUAAUAACUUCCAUGGAAGAUGUUCACACCGAGGUUUCCCAGACUCCUUGUCCUGACAAAAAAAAAAAA